ACCUACGCAUCAGGAGGACUCCUCGACGCGUUCCCAGAGUUGGCACCGAAGCUUACCAACACAGAACCACUGACUCUGAGACAGCACAGAAAGUCUCAGGCAGAUCCAUCAUUACCAUAUCCAAACAAUGUUGUACCCCCGACUCCUCCAGAGCAACCACUCAACAAGAACGUGAGCACUGGUAAAAGUGUUGACAGUGAGCCCAUUAAGGAGAAUUCCGGCGAUGCUGUAGCCACAUUCUUCAGAAACUUCGCUGAAAAAGUCGAAGUUCGAGGCAUUCUCACUCAGGUAGCGGAGUAA